GCAAAAGGCUAACAACUAUGUAUAUUUUCAGACCUAGUGAGAAUACUAUCAAGCCGCUUGGUAUACGUGAUAUUUUCCCCAAUGGCAGACAUAUUUAUGAACUUCUGCUGUUGUACAACUUUACCUUGGUAAGUGAAAUAAACGUUUUGAUUUUGGUGAUCUUCAACACAAAUGGCAAAACAUCUUAUAAGAUUUUUAGAAUUUUUUGCUUCCAUUCGUCCUCGGCAAUCUGACAUCCGUGUUGACCAAAACGUCGCUUGCUUGGCUCCCUAGAAUAAGGCAUCACUACAUUAUUGUAACUUCUUACACCCAGCCUAGAAUAAGGCAUCACUCCAUUAUAGCAACUUCUUACACCCAGCCUCUUUUUAGCGCCCUUUAUAGCGAAAUAUCAACAAACGUUCACUAGUAAUGCUGUAUAAUAUGUAGCGUUUUCUAGUAUGGCUAAAUAAUGGUAAAUUGUAUGAACAAUUCUCAAAAUGUUCCUCUAAUGAUGGUUCUGUAACUUCAUAUUUUUUAUAAGAACGUGAAAAAUUAUUUAGCUCCCAGCCUCUAAUUAGGCCCCCUCCUAAUAAGUCCCCUUUCCAGGCCCACUCGAACAAAUUAAGCCCCCAGGAAAUACGCUAUAUCAGUUGUAAAGUAAACUUCCUGGUGUAAACAUGCGGUGUUUUGUAGAGCCAAAUGCGACUGACACGAAAUUAUAAUCAGAUAUUAACUGCAUAUUGCUGGACUCAAAACCCUGUGGCAUGCAACUAUCAAUACCCGAUAAUAUAAACAUCAGGAAAGAUAAUAUAUAGAGGAUAUUACACGUCGGCGCGAAGAUAUGACUUUUAUCAAGCAAAAAAUUGCGAAAUUUCACGCUUAAUUAAAAGCAAAUUAGAAAAGGUCACGUGAUCGAUAUCUUCACUAGUGAAGAUAUGGAAAAUAUCUCACUGUGUAUUUUUCGGGUAUCUCACUCUCUACUACAUAACAAUACUUACUAUAAACCAAAGCACAUAAAUUAUAAAGUUUGAAAGAAUCUUAAAUUGGUAGCUGAUUCGAAAAGUGUCUUAUAUCUAAUUUUGUUUUUUCUUCAUUUUCAGAGUAAAUCAGCAGAUAUUUUCAUCAAUGCUUACCUUCUGAGUGAUCUACUUUAUGAAUCAGAAUAUGAAGGUCAAAUGUGGAUGUUGUAUGAUUCAAACAAGAUGUUGGUCGGGGUCGGUGAUGCUUUCUCGGAAAGGGUAAUCGCGUCUCUGCCGUUAUUGACUUUGUGUGUGAUAGAUCCCUUAGUAGAAACGCGGUUAGCUUUAUUAACAGUACACUAAUUUGUUUAUAUACUUAAUUAUUUAGUACAAUGUCAAACUUGAGAAGGGAGAAUAUUUUAUCAGGCUACAGGUAAUUAAACAUAUACCUCGUGGAUUUUAAAUACCAAGCAUCAGGAAAUGCAAACCUUUAAAUGUCUUAACUAUAAUCUCCAUCAGUUACAGUAGAGCAUCACAAGUUUGUGACGAGCCGUUGAUGACGACAUUUCGAGAUGCUAUCCUAUAUAUUGGCGUGUGAAUUACCAGAAAAAGAUUAAAAGUGUUUUAGGUAGUUUAGAUACCGACUCUCGCAGCUUAGAUUUCUGAUCAACAAUGUUCCGAAUGUUUUUAAGGUUCGUCACGAAAACAAGGACAAGUUAGAACGCCUCAACACAAUGGAAGUAAUAUUAGAACAAAAGAUUACAUCACCGUUAUCCUUGGAUAUAUUUCCCAGUCGUUCAUCCGCUAUGACUGCGAAUAGCAAGUUUACUGCUAAGACGAUGACACCGGGGGAUAUUAUGCCGCUGUUUAUUGGACAUCUACCACAUGAAAAGUGAGUUUUGUCUUGAUGCAUUGAUAAGUAUAUACAAACCUUCAUAUACAAACCGUAAUAUCUACUAAAGUAAUAGAAAUUGGAAGUGAAAAUACAUUUUCGACUGAUAAUAUUGAGUACGGAGGUUAAAAUUUUCGUGCUAUACAUGUUGCUCUUCUUUCCAAUCCACAAUAUACCGCAUCUUGUGCCAUUGACUUUCAGUGUCACUCACAUAUCCUUGAUCAGAAGAUGUCAACGGUUAUUUGUGUACAUACACUGUGAUACAUGAACAUUUCAGAUUUUGCAAUGUUUUCAAGUUGAAUGUAAUAAACAUCCAGCAGUGAUACCCAAAUAUUUCAAGAUUAUACAACACAAUACAAUACAAUAACAUUUAUUUAACGUGAUCAGAUACACUAUAGCUAUAGAAAAAGCUAAUUUACAGGUAUUGCCACGAUAAUAAUAAUUAAUUUAUAAGACGGUGGUAAAAAGAAGACUAAUUAAAAUUAGAAUUAUAGUUAUUACAUUAAUUUGACCUAAGUAAAAAUGCGUUAAGUUACUGUAGAUUGUCUAAGAUUUUAAUGUCGUUUAAUAUCGCCAGGAUUUCAGCCCAUAAGUAGUUGUAUUCACACCUUUGGAAUUUGAAGAAUAUGUUUUCCUCUCAAUGAAUAUUUGCUUUGCCUUAGAUUUAGCAAUUUAACAAGAUUAUAUGACAACUUUUUGCGAAAAGUCGAAAGUAUGAUCCUUUCUCGGAAAACAGUGUAGUACUGGAGAAUGUCCAGUAGCGCCUGCUGCACUGCUACCAGGAAAUGUUUAACGAAAUAUAUUCGCAGGAGUUUUUCAUUCUCAUACAAUUACUUUUUGUUUACAAAUUCCAAAAGUGCUUUGAAAAUCGAAAUUGUAAUGUGUCGAAAUUAAAGUUUACUGUAUCAUGUGUGGCAUCCCAGUUUCUCUGAAAUCUGACUAUAUGCAGGGAAUUUUAGAUCUCUAUUACACAGGAAAUCUGAAUUUCUGGAUUUUCCAGGCCUGCUAUAGAAUACCUAUACUGCUAAUAAUUUCGAUGCAAAAAGCGUGCAUUCUGCAUUAAGUAAUAGUGACUUGUGUUGUCGUGUAUUUUGUUCUGUACGUCAUACAAAAGCUUUGGCACGAAACGUCGCAGUGUUCUGAUUUUUGAUGUGUCUACAGAGAGAAAAUCUUGUAUUGCACAACUGUCUAAGCUAGACCCCAAAUUAAAAAUCCAUACAACGAUAUAUUUCAUUGUUAUGUGGUUUUAAUUUAUUUUUUUACUUUUUAGAUACAUGAAAGGAGCAAAGGCUGGUCACUAUUUGUCUGGAAACAUAAUCUAUCUUAAAUCAAAUGAUAAGAAGAGUGUGGUAAGACCACUCAAUUUCCUGUUUUUCAUGGAAAUAUAAUCCAAUAUAAAUGUACAUUUCUCUGCCCGGAAAGGGAUUUUGUUUUUAGUAUUUGGAUUUUGUUUGUGUUAUUUGGUAUUUGAUUUAUUUCUCAUUUUCAUAAGGCCAAAAUAAAAAUAUGUGAGUUUCCGGUUUCCCGACCCUACCUAGCUUUUGGACGUCGAAAUCCCGACCCUAAACUUUUUUAUAUUGGAUCAUGCUUGUAAGUGUUUCCACUUAGAGGAAAAUGUUUGUGGAAAAUUGAAAUUUGAGGCAAUAUUAGGGAAAUUUAUCUUUGGAUGUGGAAACACUGACUAAACAAAAUGACGUCCGGUUGUUAGGAAAAUUUACCUACCCUAAGUUUUUAUAAGAAGAAACCGGAAACCCACAUUUUUUGGCCUAAUGGUUCUUUCUUGCCAACUACCAGUGGCCAAGCUAGCCAUGGCAACUGCAUGGUCAUGCUAUGCUAUUAAACCUACAUAUUUGAAUAAUGCAAAUCAUUAAAAAUUGGCAUAACAUGACCUAUAGUAUUGUUAUUGUACACUUCGCCACUGCAACCUACCUUCACAUGUCCUUUCAAAAACAUCUUCUGGUGCCAAUUAGGGUUUCAAUUUCAUUGUAACAUAACAAAAUAUACAGCCAUUUUGCUCGUUUUAUUUCUCAUAUAUUUAACAUCCUCUCCAGUCAACCCAUACCCCUUCAAAUACAUCUUCUCGUGUUUACCUUGGGCUUGAACUUCAUUUCGCCGAAGCAUGAAUACUUUGCCAUUUCAUCUGCUUUAUUUCACAUUUCAACCAAUACCCAUUCAAAUACUUCUCGUGUUUGUCUAGGGUGUAAAUUUCAUUGCCACAAUACAAGAAUAUUAGGCACUUUCAUUCAUUGUAUUUCUCAUUCACUUAAUCCUUUUUUCAAGGCUAGCUCACCCAUUCAAACACAGCACAUCUCCUUGUGUUUAUAUGCCAAGGGUUUUAUUAAACUUCAUUGUAACAUACAAGGAAUUGAAGCCAUUUCAUUAUUUUCAUGUACUCGUUGUUUCUUUCCAGUCAACCUACCCAUUCAAAUAUAUCUUCUCGUCAUCCGCUGCAAAGAAAGGCAACCAAGAACGCAAGGAAAGUGCUGAUAAAACUACAGAUGAUAAAAAAUCCACCGAAGCUAAUAACGUAAGUAUUCAGGAGUAUUUGUUUUACAUUAUAUUUUCUCGAUGUCCCGCGUUGGUGGCCCUGAGCAAUAUAACACUGACGAGACAGAGAAAGAGAGCAUGUGUAGGUUUUCAAUUCAUCAUUGAGCAGUCUUGCCUGCAUUCGAAAACUGAAGAUUGGUUCGUUUUGUCCACAGGAAAGACGCCAGAAAGGCGUUCAUUUGACAUCAGCAGCAACACUCUGCUCAAAGCAGGAUAUAAUUGUUGGUUAACACUUUGAAAGUGCAGGGUUCGAAAUGUACGUAAUUUACCUUUCCAUCGUGACAGGUUGUGCAUCUUUUACCUGUCACCUCCAUUAUUCAGCCUGUACAUUUUUUGUAACUAAAAACACAAGCUUCGUUAGACAAAAGUGUGAUUUAAUAAAUUUGAAAAAAAGUAUUUGAAAUUUGUUUGAUGUACAGUUGAAUAUUCAAGAAACUGGUUAAUAAUGGUUAUUGAUUACAUAUGUUUUGGUUUGUAGAAACACGUAUAUUUAUGAUUGCAAAGCUUUCUAUUCGUAGGUCCAGAUCUUCAUCAGUGCUAUAUGACUCAUAUGACUUGUUUUAAUUCAUUCACUGAAUUGAUUACCGUCUCUUCAAUCUACAUACUCCUUGUCAAUACGGUAUUUGUUUAGGUGCUUGUUCAGCCUGUUGCAGGGGACAGGUAAACAGUUUUUAUACCUGUCGUUUGUGAAAAUCACCUGGAAUCGACAGGUCGUUAUUUUGAAGCCUGAAAGUGUCAUAGGCAGAUUUUCUAGCGUGUGCAUGGAAUGCGUGUCCUAUCCUCAAACAAGGAAAUUGUUCAACCAUCUAUAUGCUAUCUAUACUAUCUAUACUUUGAUACAGGUAUCGAAACAGAUGGAAGAAGCUGUGCGUGAUCUCAAAAUUACUUGGCUACCAAAGUAAGUGCAUAGUUAGCAUUUUUCAGUUUGCCACUUUGUUAAACAAAUCUCCUACAGUCAAGCUAGUCCUAUGUUCUUUCCUCCUCUUUUGCUGUGUAAUAUUGGUUUAUUUCUCGGGUGUAUGGCGCACUAUGGCAACUGGCAAGAGUUGACGUCACACCUGUCUAUAUGUUCCAAUCGUAUCCCAAUUUCGCUUCUAUAAAGGGUCAGCUCCUCCCGAACCAUCAGCUCUCUUCUAAUCCAAACAAGUUGAUUCAAUCAGCAUUAAAUGAGGUAAAUAGUCUAAUUCUAAAAAGUCCCAAGAGGAAGUUCCAAACGCAGAGCUGAUCGUCUACGAAACAGAACAUUUCGGAAUCCGAGGUGCAUGUGCAAGUCUCAGACAGGGAAAGUAGGUAUUCUAUCUUAUAUAUCGAACUAUCCCCUAGGGCUCAAGAUUCUAGUUUAUACGAAGAGCUGAAGCAAGCUUAUGCUGAUUACAUUCCACUGCAUUUAGCACAACUUAAAGUAUUGGAUGAGAGCAAGGUAUGGUGAUCUUUUUCAUUUGAUGUGUACUUCUUAUAUUUGUAUAUGUAAUCGAGUAUGAAUGGGGACGGAUUGAAAGUUAUGCAAAAUGGCACGUUGAUAGAGGUAUAACGGGAAAGACAUGCAAAUGUAGUUUUUUAGGAGAAACGAGGGUGGAAAAUAAGAUUCCUAUAAUCGUUAGUUGUGUAACACUAAUACAAUUACAAUUACGUUUUAUCAUGUCAUCAUUAAGGUGUUAAAUUCCUACAAUUUUAGGACAGAGACGAAAAGCUGAGCGAUAUUGUUAAUCUUGCUAAUGACAUCAUUUCCAAGGUAUAAAUACUCGGUCAUUUCCAAGGUACAAUUACGUAAAAUGUAAAUUUCAUCCUUACGAGGUCACUAAAAAUACCGAAUAUGGAGUUGUGCGCAGGAUACCUGCAGUGUCAAUGUAAACGUUCUGUUUGAAUAGCACGGGCAGUAGGUCAACCUCGCACCCAGGCUCUUUCCACUACGUUCCAGCGAGGAGCGUAGUGGAAAGAGCCUGGGUACGAGGUUGGCAGUAGGUAUGGUUAGCGCGCUGCAAAUACCGCUACUGAAGGUCAAUGGUAGGGUAUUGUUAGGUGACUAUCUUACUCUGUAACUAGAGUUGUGGUUAGUUUCUUCGUGUGCUUUAAGGGAUUUCUUCGGGGUACUUUCCUUUUCCUUCCUCACCAAGAAGUACCUUUUCCAACUUAGCUAUGAACUUAUGUGAAAAUAGUCGCUCUGCCGUGGGUUUUCUCUGGGUGCCCCGGUUUCCUCCCACAGGGAAAGUUGACAUAGGAUAGGAUAAACACACUUAGGAAAGUAAUAUCUCAAUUGUUGUAAAGAUAAAUAGUCUAGGUUAAUUAAGUAAGAUGAGCGUAAUACUUGAUGUAAUAGGUCACUGAAAAGCUCCAAUGGGGAAUGAGCUGAAUAAUAGACAGAUUUAGAUCGAGGACGCGGACGUCAAAGACGACGUGAAAAUGACGUGUCGUGCCCAUGUAUGGAUAUGCCACACCAUUUUGACGCCAUUUUCACGUCGUCUUUGACGUCCGCGUCCUCGAUCUAAAUCUGUCUAAUGUAAUGUAAAUUGUAUUAUAAUAUAGCAUUUGUAAAUUGUGCACGCUGAUUGGCAAAGAGCCGUGUUGAUAUAACUCGAUGUCAACACGGAAACGUCGGAAAAUUUCUUUCUUUAUAUUUCUUUGUGCUAUAUUAUAAAACAAAUAUAAAACACUUUUUCCGUAUUGAUAUAUAGUUAUAUCAACACUCGUGGAAGUUGGGAAAACUCGAAAUUGUAUGAAACACUCCGCCCUUCGGGCGUCGUGUUUCCAUACAAUUUCUCGUUUUCCCAAUUCCACUCGUAUUGAUAUAACUGUAUAUCAACACGGAAAAUGUUUUAUAUUUGUUAAAUGUAACGCAACGCAAUGUAAUGUAAUGUAAUGUAAUGCAAAGCUAUAUGCUCCGUGGGUCGUAUGGUAGCAACCAAAGUCUUGAGUUGCGUCCUGCACAAAUCAGUAAAGAUGAUUAGCACACCCUAACAUUACUGCGGGUAUGAUUUCUGUUUAGAUUGACGUGACUGGAUUGCUUGGUUACUAUGGUAUGAAAACUGUUUCUGAGCCAGACGCUGCCAGUAAGAGAAAGUAAGGAUAUUUUAUUAUAACUGAUCCCGGGAUAUACCUGGAUUGAUUUGAGUAUAUAUGGAUUGAAAGCGGAAGUCAGUCAUUAUUAAGCGAACAACUGAAGAUUUGACAUUAGAAGACCGAGACAUAUUUCCCCUAAACAUGUGGUUCUUUAGUUAAAUAGCAGAUUUUUUAUUAAUUGUUUUUGUUUGUGGAAACACCACAUUUAUUAUAUUUUAUCGCCAUGCAAACAUUCAAAGAACUUAUUAGAUUUUUUAUUGUCUAGCAAUGUUUAACUGACUUCAUUUUUUCGUUAUCCAGUCUAACGUUGUAGUUCAGUGACUUAUAAUAGAUAUUAUAAGAAAUUCGUAAGAUCAGUCAAUAUGAAACAAAUUUUAUUUUAUGUACAUUUCAGAGAAAUGGACAAAAUCAAAGCAGCACUGGUUGAAACUUACAUCAAAAAGGUUAGUUCAAUUUAUAGGGUACUGGGAUCCUGCUCUGUGUAUUCCUCCUCUUUAGUAAUCUUUGUAAGUAUACGUUUAAUUUUAAAAUUCGGUCGUGCUUCGAGAGUUUAUUCAAAAUCAAAGCAGUCCAGAUAUUAGAAAUUAAAUACAUAUCUUUCUUUGUUGUUUAGGGAAAUGCUUUGGCGUCAAUUGUGAAAAAACAAGAGGAAAAUGGUCCAAUUAUCCCAGGGGAUGACUCAGGUAACCAAGUGAUUUCGCCCGAAUAAGGAAAUGACGCGUUCUGUGUCAUGAUAAAUUGCAGUUGAACUAUAACAUGGAGCUGACUUAACAAAUAGAUAAGAUUUUGCUGUUGUCUGUUCAUAUAUAGAGGUCCUCUUAAUCUGUGUAGAUACACAGUAUGACGUGAUAAUAUGGGAAGAACAAAAAGUGGCUCACGAACCGCCGAAAAAGUCGAAAUUUUACAAAUAUCACGCGUACAUGAUCUAUACAAAUAAGGGAAUGCUAUUGGAUAAGGUUUUGUGUGACGUAAUUCCGUGUGUAUGUCCUCUAAUAGAUCAUGGCUCUCGACCAAUGAAAGCGCUUGAAUUCUUAACGUUAUUAUAUCAUUAUAUAAUAACGUUAAGAAUUCAAGCGCUUUCAUUGGUCGAUGAUCUAUUAGAGGACGUACACACGGAAUUACGUCACACAAAACCUUAUCCAAUAGCAUUAAUAUUCCCUUAUUUGUAUAGAUCAUGUACGCGUGAUGUUUGUAAAAUUUCGACUUUUUCGGCGGUUCGUGAGCCACUUUUAGAUAUGCAUAUCAAAUUAUUUAACUGCAUCAUUUCUGUUUCACUCAUAGCCACAAUGGAACUGUCAUUAAAUAAUUUUGUAAUUUAAAGUGAAUCAACCGUGCGGAAACUUUGCAUACUCAAAUAAUAAAUGAACAACUGAAUACUUUGACAUGCAUAAUAUAAUUUUUCCAGUCUCUGCUUACUUCUUGCACAUAUUGCACAUAUACAUGUAAUUAUUUCUAGUUUUUAGGUUGUCACAUUCAUUAUUCCGCUUGCAUUUUCACAGAAAAGGCACUGAAAACAUCGAAGUCGCAUUUUGAGUUUUUGACAACCUUCGGAACACUUGACACCUUCUUGGCACCACGUUCGCAAGGCGAAUUUCAGUAAGGGUGACGCAUGCGCAGACGUUUUUCCGCGGUGUUCUUGACACCACGUUCGCAAGGCGAAUUUCAGUAAGGGUGACGCAUGCGCAGAUGUUUUUCCGCUACAUGUUAUAGUUCAACUGGAAUUUAUCCCGACGCAGAACGCUUCAUUUGGAUGCGCAGUCGAAACUUCGAAUUGUCUUAUUAUUUACGGCAAAUAUUUUAUUAAGUCUCUCAUUUAACUCCCUUCUAGGGGGAGAAAUUUAUUAAGUCUCAUCGAUUUAGCCUCUCUCUCCUGUAAAAGUGGUGUAAAUCCUGUGUUCCGUGUAAAUUUACCAUGUUUAAUUUGUUUAUUUAUUUUGUUGGUAGGUUAUUCAAAAAAUCACUGAAUAUAUUUUUACCUUCAUUUAGAUGUGGACGCAGAAGAAAUAAUGAGAUUAAUGGCCCAAAAGGGUUAGCUUACAUACAUAUAUAUAUCUGAAUAAUUAAAUAGUAUAUCCAUUACAAUGAAAAAUUUACAGCUGUCAUUGUGUUAUAUAACACUGUGCUCCAUACUGUACGUGAUAAUCAGUAGCCUGCUCACAGUCCCCAGCCGAAAAUUUGAAACGGAAAAUUUCCGGUUUUCCUUCGAACAAAAUUUUGGGCUGCGAGCAGGCUAGAUAAUCGGUGGUAAAUAUACCUGUAUGCUGGUAGUUAUUCUGAAUUUAUGUACUGUUUAAUAAACGAGCAGGAGUGUUUUAUUAGGUUUAAAGCCACGAGUGCGCAGCGCGAGUGGCUUUAGACCUAAUAAAACACGACCUGCGAGUUUAUUAAACGGCUUCAAACACGACUACAAAUUCAAUAGAUAUGCUGCCUUAUUAGUAUUCUUUAUAUAAAGAAUACUAAUGAGGACACGACUACAAUAGAUACUGUCUGAUUAGCAUUCUUUAUAUCAAGAAUACUAAUUAGGAAUGUUUUAUCAGGUUUAAAGCCACUGCACGUGACAUAUUAUGGUUGACAUGAUUUGCCAAUAAGCUUAUGAAUUAUUAAUGAGUGUUUGGAAUAUAUUUAUUUUCAUAUAAUUUUUAUAGAACUGCUAAAGGAUACGUUUCAGGAUCUGCUCAAGUGGGUUGAGGUUACGGAUUCAAAGGUAAUAAAUCUCCAAACAUUUAGAAACCCAGUGUUAACACAUUAGCCCACCAUACUUACCUGUUUCAAUGGUGAGUUGUUAGCCGACUUGGAACGACUACUCGUAUUGGAUUCAGGUUAGAUCCAUGCAUGUGGUGUCUUGAGCUGACCACCAACCCCCAAAACCUUCGUGCUCAACUGAUUGAAAAUUUAGUCAACUGAUGGAAAAUUUAGAAUUAAAGACGAAACAAAUUCUUUGUGCCAGUCGAUUUUGUCCCACCUAACAUGAUAAAUAAUCAUUUGUGUGAUCAUUUGAAAUAUAAUCGAAAUAUCACUUUGAAUUUUGUCUGUGUGAACUCUGCUUGGUUCUUGUUGAACUCAUAUCUUGUAUAAGGCAAUACUCUCCUGGAUAUGCCUUUUCUAAUUACAAGAUUAUCAUUCAUGCUGCGGGGUAAGAUAAUUAUUUUGAGUCGUACCUGACUGGUACUCCCAUGGUUAUUGCCGCGUACUUGAGCUGAUACAAACGUAAGACUGAGGGUGUUCAAAGUACAGGUGCUGAAAGGUACAGGUGCUGAAAGGUACAGGUGCUGAAAGGUACAGGUGCUGAAAGAAGCACAAUUACAUAUAAAAACACCACAAUCGACUCCAUCCUUCCUUAGUAGCAUCAGUCCAAUCAGGAGCGUAGGAAGCUUGAUAAACCUGCGGGGCGAGGGGGGUUGCGAUUCCACGAGGCGCCACUAUAGUUGGUACCGAUCGGGGAAAAAAUGGAGUCUCAAGAUCGUCGGAAAUGGCAUUCCCAGAGUCUUCUCUACCUCUUUCACAAGGCCCUUGGAUAAUUCUUCCAUUAUGAUUUGUGAGUGUAAGCUAUUUGUGGGUGGAUUGAUGGAUUGUUAUUAUCAAUUGGCCGAUCGGAAGCUAUUCCGGCCCCCUUUAUAGGAUAUUGGGCAGCGGCCACCCUGCUUCCUAUACGCCCUGAGUCCAAUCAUGUUUCAUACCAAGACAUGUCACACUUACUCUCUCUUUCUAUAUAUAUAUAUAUCAACUUAAUCAUAUCACUCAUUGGUAACGUGGCUGAAAAAAUGCAAGCAGACCGUAAUAUUGGCGUACAGCGUAAGCAGGCGAACUAUCGCACCCAAGCAUGCUGUAAAGCUCAAUUUAUUAACUAUAUUCUUUUUUCUACCAGGCGUCAUCAUUCGUGAUUGCCUAUUAUCUUGUGAUGAAACAUUACGGCCGAGCUUUAAGACGUCUGUUGAAGGAAGGGGAAGAAAAAACAAUGACUUUGGAACAAUUUGAAAAAAUGAUUGAGGUAUGUGUGCAAACUCGUGUUCUUUCCUUAUGAGAAAUUAUAUGCUCACUUGUUUUACUUUAGUCAUGACAAAAAAAAACGUGUGUAAAUUUAAAACACCUUUGUUAGAAUGUUAUUUUGACGUGAAUAACAGGAACCUGUUAGCCUGCGUAGCAGGCGUUUAUUUGCUUGCGGGCGGCGAGGGCGGCACCUGCUACGCAGGCUAGUAACCUAUGGGCUUGGGUUAAUUCGAUUCCUGGGUUGGGACAUCCAGAAAUCCUAAUAGCUCAGUGAUCAGAAUCUUGAUAUUCCAGAGGCUUUGGAUUCUGUUCCUUAUUGAGACAUUCAGAAAGUUUCAGCAAAUACUUCGACUCUAUGUAUUUGGACAGCCAAAACAUCUUUCCGAAAUUACACGACUUUCUGUGUUCUGUAACCCGCAUGCAUGUGUUUAUAGUAGAAAAUAAUCCAAUAUUGGGUGAAAUGAAAAUAUAUAUUUCAUUUCGUUUAUUUUAGCUAUUUGAUGAUCUUAGCUGGACUCACUGCAGUAAACAUUUCAGGAACAUGAAGUUGGUCCGUUAUCCCAAGAACUAUCAACCAUUUUAAAAUACACUCGUGAACACCGAGUCUAAAUAUUAUUACUUCAAUUUUGUAGAAUAGAUUUCACUAGCUACAGUAAAAUAUUUGCAUUUCGCAUGCUUAAUUAAUAAUUAUGAUAUCUUACAUUUUAUUUAAUAUAUUAAUACACAAUGUUUCAAAAUUUAAUAAUAGCAUGUAAAAAUAACACAGGAGUGUAUAUUAUUAUAUAAGAUAUAAAUAUUUGAAUAUUAGAUUUAGGAUUUUGGAAAAUAAUUACACCAUGAAGCACAAUGUAGAAUAGACAAUGUUCAUUUUCAACGCUGUCGCUAUGCGCGUCUUGUGUUCUUAACUUUGUGAGUUGUUCGCAAUCUCGUUCCCCGAGCCUGCGAUCCUCGGGAAGGAACGCGAGGCUCUGGGAUAAUCCGUUUCAGGGAGGAAUCUGAUUGGCCAUUGAAAUGGAAUGCGUAGUUCAAUCUUAGCCAGGAUUCUUGGCUUCCGGUAACGGAUUAUCCCAGAGCCUUCGAUUCCUUCCCGAGGAUCGCAGGCUCGGGGAACGAGAUUGAGUUGUUCGAUGAUACAACCUCGUACCCAGGCUAUUUCCUCUCACGCGCUGGUGCAACAGCAACCCUGGGAACGGGGUUGUCGAUGUCAACAUGGUUUUCAAAAUAGUUGUUCCACGUUCUCAAUUUCUUCAAUGCUUGUGACGGAUUGAAUCUAGUUGUAAAUAAUUAACGAUACGAGUUUUAAAUUGAAGGGCAUCUGUUAAUCAAGUGUCCUCUCGUGAUGUAAACUACACCUUUUCAUUAAAAUAAAAUUGCA